AUGCAGAUUAGGAUUAAUGCUGACGAAACAUAUGCUGUUGUGAGUUUUUUUACGGAGCACAACCAUGAUCUUUCUUCCCAAGAUAAGGUGCAUUUGUUGCGUUCACAAAGAAAAAUACAACCUGAUCAAGCUACUUUAAUAAAUAAUAUGGUUUCAACUGGAUUUGGAGCAACUAGGAUUUUCUCGUAUAUGAUCGAAGAAGCAGGAGGGCGGCAAAAUCUCAAUUUUACUCAAGAAGAUUGUAAUAAUAUGGUGCAGGCAAAAUGUACUGAAUAUCUAAAAGAAGGAGAUGCGGAAAAUUUUUUAGCCUAUUUCAAAAGGAAGCAAAAAGAAAAUAAUUCAUUUUUCUACAAUAUUCAAUUUGACGAUGAUAACCGUAUUAUGAAUUGUUUCUGGUGCGAUGCUAAAUCUAGACUAGAUUAUAGUACUUUCGGCGAUGUUGUUUGUUUCGAAACCACAUUUAAGACUAAUGGUUAUGACAUGCCAUUUGCACCUAUUGUUGGGGUGAACAAUCAUGGUCAGACUAUACUAUUCGGAUGUGCUUUAUUAAAAAACGAGACUACAAAUUCAUUCGUAUGGUUGUUUGAAAAUUUCCUAGACGUAAUGGAAGGAAAAGAAAUGCAAACUAUAUUCACUGAUCAGGCAAGUCAGAUGGCUACUGCAAUUAAACAGGUAUUCCCUAAUGCUCAUCAUCAUUUGUGUUUAUGGCACAUUUUUCAAAAUGCUGCUAAGCACCUGUCGAAUAUAUUUGGUACUCAUACAUCAUUUAAAAGUGAUUUUAGAAAAUUUAUUUAUGAUUACGAGACUAAGGAUGAGUUUUUGUUGGGAUGGGAGCAAUUACUUGAAACAUACAAGUUAACAGAUAAAAAAUGGUUGAACAACUUGUUCAAAUUACGUGAGAAAUGGGCACAAGUAUACGACAGAGAACAUUUUUGUGCUGGCAUGACUACCAAUCAAAGAAGCGAGAGUAUUAAUAAUUACUUCAAGAAAUAUUUUAAGAAUAAACAAACUCUCCCAGAAUUUGUGGUUCAAUUUGAUAAAGCAGUGGAUGCGCGGCGUGAAAAGGCUAGAAAAGCAGACCACAUAUCUAUGUCCGCGGAACCGAUUGUGACAUCAGUAUGGGAAGUAGAAAAAAAAUCGUCUGAAAUAUAUACCAGUAAGAUUUUCAAUGAAUUCCAUUUGCAAAUUCGGAGACUCAUUGACCUUGAUUAUAAACUUGAUACUGAUGACGGAACAACGCGCAUAUAUAAAGUAUCAUCAUAUAUUGGAGAAAGGGAGCCUCGUACAGUACGUAUCACUUCCUCUACCUUACAUUUCAGUGUAGCUGCAAGAAAUUUGAAUUUUCCGGCAUAUUAUGUGCCCAUAUCUUGA